AUGCUUGUUCAGUCACGGAAGAAAAAAAGCGUAGACGACUCUGGCGAUGACGAUGAUGACUUUGUGCCUGACGGUCGAAGUAGGAAGUCUAGCAAAAGAGCUUCUAAGCCUUCAAAGGAAGUCGGCGAUGAUGACGAUGUGAGCAACCUCGAAUUUAUUCAGAUUCUCAAUCAGCGAGAUGGUUCCGAUGGUGGUGAACAGCAGUAUCUGGUUAAAUGGAAGGGCAAAGCCUAUGUGCAUUGUGAAUGGAAAACUUUGAAGGAAUUGGAAGAAGUCGAUAAACGUGCAGUGGCAAAAGUGAAACGGUUCCGGCAGAAAAAGUCGCAUUCAAAUAAUGAUAAUGAAGAUUUCAAUAGCGAUUACACAGUGGUUGAUCGUGUUGUAGACGUAGGGACAGGAGACGAUGGACUGGAGUAUGCCCUAGUAAAAUGGAAAAGCCUCGCGUACGACGAAGUGACGUGGGAACCCGUUGAGUCUAUACCUGAAGAGAAGGUUGCUCUCUGGAAGAAAAGACAAGUAAUCGACAAGGCGAAAGUGAAAGAGAAACCACGUCCGAAAGCUAAUGAAUGGUCAAAAAUGCCCGACGAUAUUAUUUGGAAAGAUGGAAACACGUUGCGCGAAUAUCAGUUCGAAGGCGUAGAUUGGCUAUUGUACUGCUACUACAACGAACGUAACUGCAUCCUCGCCGAUGAAAUGGGUCUGGGAAAAACUGUGCAAACCAUCACGUUUCUAUCGCAAAUUUAUGAAUAUGGAAUCCAUGGCCCAUUUUUGAUCGUUGUCCCUCUUUCCACAAUACACAACUGGGUCAGGGAGUUCGAGACAUGGACAGAUAUGAACGCUGUGGUCUACCAUGGAAGCCAACACAGUCGCGACGUCAUACAGCAAUAUGAAAUUUAUUACGCUAAACAGCAUUCGAGUGGUAAUAAGAGUUGGCGAAAAAACUUGGUAAAACUAGAUGCACUGAUUACCACCUUCGAGAUGGUCGUAACGGACUGCGAAUUUCUGCGCAAAAUCCCCUUCAGAGUUUGUGUCAUUGAUGAGGCUCAUCGCUUGAAAAACAGAAAUUGCAAAUUAUUGACUGGAGGUUUACAUGCUUUUCGAAUGGAGCAUCGCGUUUUACUUACUGGAACACCGCUACAGAACAAUAUCGAAGAACUAUUUUCACUACUCAACUUCCUCCAUCCGCAGCAGUUCAGCAGCUCGGCCGCGUUUUUGGAACAAUUUGGGCAGUGCCAGUCAGAUGAGCAAGUGCAAAAGCUACAAGAGAUACUGAAGCCAAUGAUGCUCCGACGUCUGAAGGAGGAUGUUGAAAAGUCGCUUCAGCCUAAGGAGGAAACGAUUAUCGAGGUUCAACUAUCGGACAUGCAAAAGAAGUAUUAUCGCGCUAUCUUGGAGCGAAACUUCUCUCAUUUGUGCAAAGGGUCAUCUGCACCUUCUCUCAUGAAUGUUAUGAUGGAAUUGCGGAAGUGUUGUAAUCACCCUUUCCUUAUUCAGGGUGCUGAAGAGACCAUAUUAUCCGAGUUGAGGUUACUCCAUCCAGAAUGGGACGAAGAAACAUUGGCACAUAAGGCGCUUGUUCAAGCUUCUGGAAAGGUUGUCUUGAUAGAAAAACUUCUGCCGAAAUUAAGAAAUGAUGGUCACAAGGUCCUCAUCUUUUCUCAAAUGGUCAAAGUGUUGGAUCUUCUUGAAGAGUUCCUUGUCAAUAUGAAUUAUCCGUUUGAACGAAUAGAUGGUAACGUGCGCGGCGAUAUGCGGCAAGCAUCCAUCGAUCGCUUUUCGAAGAAAGAUUCGGACCGGUUUGUAUUCUUGCUUUGCACUCGUGCUGGUGGAUUGGGAAUCAAUCUGACAGCUGCUGAUACAGUUAUCAUUUUUGACUCAGAUUGGAACCCACAGAACGAUCUACAAGCUCAAGCAAGAUGUCACAGAAUUGGACAAACGAAAAUGGUAAAAGUUUAUCGACUAGUAACUGCGAACACUUACGAAAGGGAAAUGUUCGAUAAGGCAUCCUUGAAGUUGGGCUUGGAUAAAGCUGUCCUCCAGUCAACCACAGCGCUCAAGGAAAGCAGCACAUCGCUGAGCAAAAAGGAUGUGGAGGAACUCUUGAAGAAGGGAGCUUACGGUUCGAUUAUGGAUGAGAACGUUGACGAAGGUAGCAAGUUCAGCGAAGAAGAUAUUGAAACAAUUCUUCAGAGGAGAACCACUACGAUUACAUUGGAACCGGGGCAAAAGGGAUCACUGUUCGCCAAAGCAGCCUUCAAUUCCACUCAUAACCGUGGUGAUGAUAUUGAUAUCGAUGACCCGAACUUUUGGACGAAAUGGGCUGAAAAAGCGCAGGUGGACAUUGAAAAGGCGACGGCAACACCAGAUUCCCGUGAUCUCAUUAUGCAAGAACCAAGGAAGCGCACAAAACGUUUCGAAGAGAAUUCGCUAAAAGAAGGUGAGGACUCUGAUGGUAGCGACGAAUUGGGUAAAGGAAGAAAACGCGGAUCGGCUAAUCGUAAGAGACGACGUGGUGAUGAUGAAGAUGGUGACUACGUGAACUAUCGUCCCGACGAACUUGCUUUCAACAAGAGCGAGUACUUCAAGGUCGAAAAAGUAUUGGCAUCCUGGGGAUGGGGACGAUGGUCAGAAAUGAAGAAAAGUGGAGAGCUUGAGGUUUCUGAGAUGGACAUUGCACAUAUGGCGCGUACACUUUUAUUGCAUUGUGUUCGAGAAUAUCGUGGAGAUGAGCGAGUCAGGCAAACAGUGUGGCAGUUGAUUGCUCCUCAAGGAGCUAAAAAUGCUAAGGAGGCAAAGGGAUCGCAAUCCAUUUAUCAUCAGGGCUGGGCCGCUCUUCCCGAAUUCAAUCCACCGAACUUUGCUCUUGAUGCUUCUUUUCAACGACAUGUUCAUCGCCAUGCGAACAAAUUGUUGGUGAAAAUUGAUCAACUAAGGCAUCUACAAAAGACAAUCAUUGGCAACAAAGCUGCAGAUAUCGAGGCAGGAGCUGAAUGGUCAACUAUUGAUAUCUCCGUACCAACAUUAAUUGAACCGAUGUGUGACGGAUGGGACGCUGAUUGCGACAAGUGCCUCUUGAUCGGCAUAUACAAGCAUGGUCUCGACAACGUAGAUGCCAUACGUGCCGAUGAGAAGCUAUGUUUCGCCACGAAAACUGGUCUGCCGGAAACGUUCCCUGGCGCCGCUGAAAUCUCAACGAGGUUCAGGAGGCUCAUUGCUGUCAGCCAGCGAAAUAUCACUGAUCCUGUGUACGAGAAGCUGAGGUGGAGUCGGCGAGAAGAGCAAGAAUACAUGCGGGUGCUGCGGUCAUUCGGUAUGAAAGACAAGCGAAAUGAUCCGACGAUGAUCGACUGGGACGCUUUUCGAGCAUUUUCACCGCUUCUGGAGAAAAAGAGCGAUGAAGAGAUGCAAGAACACUUGUACUGCAUUCUUGCCAUGUGCACUAAGGCGCAAGGAGGCGAACUGUCUGCUCUUGAUACGAAACGAGCACUUUCGGUUGACGCCAUGACUUCGCGGAAAGCUCAAAAGCUGAUGAAUCGGUUGCAUUUGACGAGAAAGGUUCACGCAUUAGCUGCUGGCCUUGAUAAAGUGACUCCGAUGUUGAAGCUAUGUUGCGCUGAAGCGAUGCCAUCUGGAUGGACUACUCAGCAUGACAAAGAACUUAUAUCUGUUUGCGAUCAGCACGGCAUUGACAAUAUCUCGGCAAAUAUUCUUCAAAAGCCGGCCUUCCAGAAGAUCAUUCGACCUACGGAAAAAACGUUGCUGCGACGAGUUAUUGAGGUAUGCACGACGGUAGAAACUGGCAAAUGGAAUGGAACGGCUACGACUGAUAGCGUUGAUGAUAGUGACGCAGAGGAGAGGGUUCGAGCGCAGUUUGAAUUUUUUCUAAGAAGAAUAAUAGUGGAAUUCUUGUCCUCUAAUGCGGUAGUUUUCAAGGUUCGACGAGGUCGAAAACGUGCUGUGGAUUCGGAUGCGCAGAAGAUGCGUGCAUUGAUGCAGCAGUCAAUGUUAUCUCAAAUGGGAGAUCUACCCCUAGCUGCUGCCAUGUUACAAUCGGCCAUGUUCAUGCCGCAACUCAUGGGAAAUAAUGCUGCUGCCGCACAACUUCUUGGGUCGUUGUUUGCCAUGGCUGGUGAGUUCUCAUUGAAGAUACAAAACAUAUUUUCUGUUCACUUCAAAAAUUUUCAUAGACGAAGUUUGACAGGCAAUCCAUAUACGUUAUGUUUUACAGGGAAGGAGCCACCACCCGCUGUUCGAACACCAGUUGUAACCUCUGCUGCUGCUGAUUCUGCUCCAUCCAGCGCAAAACCGUCAGCCCCUCCGACUCCAAAGCCAUCUACACCGAAGCCACUCAGUGCAGCGACCACUCCUGCUCCUAGUUCAAAGCCAGUUAGUGCGACACCCACUCCAGCACCGCUCACUCCGAAGGCAGAGACCAGUCCACGCCUUGAACCUGGCGAAAUUCCUAAGAAGGCAUCAAAUGCAGGAACUUCUACUCUUCUUCCUGCUUCGAAAUGGCCGACACUGAGCAAAUUAGCUUCAUGGCUAGACGCUCAUCCCGAAGCGAACGUACAUAGCAGUAGUGUUCCUCUUGCUCAGGUAUGUGUAAAGCAGUGUAUUUUUUUCCUUUUGUUGAACAGCGCAUCCUUGACUGGUGCGUCGUCGAGUGCUGCCAGUGCAGCCCUAGCUGCUGAGGCUGCUACUAAACAACAACUGGAGGCACUUCAAAUGCAAAUGCUGAUGCAACAAACGUUGCUGCAACAGUCGCUACUCGGAUUCAAUCCAUAUGCGCUAACCGGUUCCGCUUCAAGUACAAGUUCAGCUAAUGCUAAGGUCGGUAAUUGUUUUUUCCCGCAUGAAUUCAUCGUCGUGCUGACUGGGACUAUUUCUGGCCACACACUCGCUUGA